GCUCACUCGUGUUGUGAACAUAGCUUUUUUUGGCCUUUUGAUAUCUGCUGUUAUUUAAAAUGAGCAUUUAAUCCUCAAAAGAGGAGUAGCAUAUGAUUCAAGUUUACUAUUCAAUGUCGUACUUAAAAUGUAUUUAUCUACAGUUCUGCAUACGACAAUGCCUGGACGGAAAAUGAAUUCGUGAUAUGUAGUGAAUGUAGCCUGAUCAGUAAUUAAAUUUAAUGUUUAAAUUAUGUCCGAAUUAUAAUAUUAAGGAAUCCGAGAUGACACUUUCGAUGUAGCUGAUGGCUUCGUUAAUACUUCAUAUAAAAUUGUGGUGCAAGCGUGCGUAGACGGGUGGAAUCGCGGCAUCGGCGGGCUCAGUGCUUUCAUUGUGUCCCCCACUAGAAGUGUCCGUUAUACCCCAAUCAUCAACAGGGGCUUGUUUCAUCGGUGUUGAUGACUGUGGCCGGAGGUAGACCGAGGCCAGAUCACCGAUUAUCUUCUGGGCGACCGAACGAACAGCUGGAUCCCUAGCCGCGUUGUGAGCAUACUGACAGAAGGCGUUUUCUCAGCAUCAACAUGGUUUUACUAUAUAUUCUACGCAAGGUCCGUCGAAAAGAGCACGAAUUGCGAACUCUGGUUUUAGGACUCGAUAAUGCAGGUAAAACCACUUUGUCGAAACGACUGCUUGGAGAGCCGCUUGACGUAAUUGCGGCAACGUUAGGCUUUAACAUCACGACACUGGAGUAUCGUGAUUACAAGAUUAAUCUUUGGGAUGUUGGCGGUCAAACUUCGUUACGCUGCUAUUGGCGGAACUAUUUUGAAUCGACGGAUUCGAUUGUGUGGGUGGUGGAUUCGGCUGAUAGAAGAAGAUUGGACGAUUGCGCUACGGAAUUGCACGGGCUGUUACAGGAUGAACGACUGCUUGGCGCCACACUGCUUGUACUGGCUAAUAAGCAGGACCUACCUGGAGCCCUGAACUGCAUGGAUAUAGCGGAACAUCUACGGCUCGAGUCUAUAACCUCGCAUCAUUGGCGUGUUUUUCCAUGUUCAGCGUUUACGUCAGAGGAUUCGCUUCUUCAGGCUAUUGAUUGGAUGCUAGAUGACGUUGCGUCGCGGGUACUGUCACUUAAUUAGGAGAGACAAUUUUUUGGCCUAUUUCUAUGUUGAGGCGGACACAGAAUCAUGCCUAAAUUCUUUUUCUGAGGCCGGACAAGAAGGAAGACCUAUUCAGUUGUAAUUCAUUUAAACAGCAAAAUUAACCUUCCAAGAUAACACAAAGCAAUAGUUGGAUUAGAACGACCUCUUAAAGUAUGUAACAUGAAUCGUUAGCUGGCCGUCAAGUGACGUGAGUGAAAAGCAAUAUCAAUUUCGAGCUUAAUUUGUCUUAAACGUUGGAUAGGAAUAAAGGUCGGUGGUUCCUAAGGUACUACUGUACAGCUUGUGAUAUAGCUCGUAGCACAUUUUUUAAAAUAUGUAGAACUUCAAAACUAUGGCGCUUACCGUUGUCUGAUCAAUUAACAGUAAGAGGCAGUCUCUAAUGUGAUAGAGUAAAUUAACGACUGAAAGAAAAUGUAGCAUGUCUGUACAGAGAGUAAAUCUAAGCCAACAUUGUUUAGCAUAUAUGAAGGGCCGGUUCGUACCGAGUCAGUCAUUUCCGUUGAUACGGGGAUCUAGCUUAUUGAAUCACUGUAAUGUAGUCGACAUUACCGACCAAUAUACCCGGACCCUCGUGACGAUCUCGGUAAUAUAAUGAUCCCAUUUGUAUACAUUUGCCUCGAAGACUACCCGAUAGGAGUCUCCUGUGUAGGAAAAACACUUCUUGUGGAUUCGAAACCUCUUGAGCAUUACCAUGGAGUCAGAUGAACUUACGUUCCUGUACAUAAAUCUCCUACAAUAGGACUCAAUAUAUUCAUUUUAAUAAAGAAAUUUUAUUAUGAUUAUGCAUGCUAUCUUCUAAGACUUCCUUUAGUUAUGUUUGAAAUAGAAAUGACUAGAAUGCGGAACGUAGUACACGCUGAUAAAAAUUAUCGAACAUUUAAUUAAAUGCAGUGAACUGCCUUACGCCUCGCGGGACAGAUACCGGUACGGCUUUUAGGGCCCUAAUUGAGAUUCCUGUCCGCAGUCUAAUUAAUUUAAUUAGUUAUGGCACACCUAUCUCUUGCGCUGUUUUUCUUUCCAACAAGACUGAGCGCUACGUAAUAUUAUUGAUGGGACCCGUAUUAAGCCAAAAACACGUGACAAUAAAUUUUAUUUUUAGAAAGCAGUUUCGGUAAGCGCGGGAAGCACUCUUAUGUUAAAUGCAUUAUAGACAGUUCUCGGAAAUUGUAAUAUUCGUAUCUUCCAUUUUUAAUACGUCACAUUUCCCGUUUGGCAUCGUGUAAUUAGCAUCUGCAUUGAUAAGUACGUUCUCAAAAACAACCAAAGUAACUAAACGAAGCUUGAUUAAAUCAAAAUCUCUUCGAACCAGAAUAUUUACCAAACUGUUGCUGUAAUUCAGAUAAAAGUCUAUCUUUUUAAAUGGAUCGUAAGGAAUCAUGGAUUAAUCUUUUCCGCCACAGAUACGUAAAAGCUAAAUGUGCAAAAAUGUAGAUGCACAAAACUAUGUACUUGUCAGAUUUUACGGUACAACUAGCCUCUUCACCAUUAUUCAACCAGAGAUUGACAAACUGCAUUAUUAUUUCGAAGGUAAUAUGGCGCAAUAGUUUUAUGAAUAUUGUUCCGUUAGGGGUAAUAAAAGUA